AGCCUUUCUGCUACAAAAUGACCGCUGACCGUGUCAUUGGUGGUCAGGAAAGUCAAGUUACUGUAUCUGGGUGCAUGUCGAACUGCACGACUGAUGGCAAGACGAAAGGAUGUGCUGGAGAGAAAAACUGUUUGCUGACCUGUUGUAGUUAUGACAACUGCAAUGAUGCCAACGUUAAGGACAACUUUCCCAAAUGCUACUUCUGCUCUUCUAAUGUCUCCAUGGAUGAUUGCAAGACCAAGAGUAGCUUGAAGACAUGCAAGCAAGAAGAAGGAGCCCAGUCCUAUUGCUAUACAUCUUUCAACACCAUCACUAAUCCUGUAACUAACGUUACGUCAUUAGAAUACAAAAAGGAUUGUUCGUCAAGUUCUCUAGGAUGCCUCGUCCAAGGAGGAAGUUUUUGCAAGGGAAAAUCGGCUGAUGAAUGUAGUUAUUAUAAGUGCUGUACUGGAAGAGGGUGUAACCACUCCAGCAAAACGCAUGUCAGCGGUAUUUUGAUUUUGGCAUGCGCAAUUUUUAUGCUUUUGCUCUAAGUAAUAAUUUGAACGACAAAAUGUUGUUGGAUAAGCACGCGUAGAUGGAAAAGUUUGUAUUUAGGUCAAUUGCAAUAGUCUGGGCGACAUAUUAUUUGGUAUGUUAGACAAUCAGAUCACUUGGAGGGGGCGGGAAAUGGUGC